AUGAAUGAAUUGCAAUAAGGGGAUUUGAUAGGGAAUAUUUACAAAGUUAAGAAACUUCUUUCUUAAGGUUCCUUUGGCAAGGUAUAUUUAGGAAGAAAUAUUGAGAGUGGAAUGAAAGUAGCAAUAAAGGUUGAAAAAUAAGAAAUGUCAAAUAGUUUAAGUUUAGAAAGAGAGGUUAGUAGAGACAUUAUUAUUAGGUAAAAAUAUUGAAGAAAUUACGAGGUAUACCAUAAGUGCCUUAGUUACUUUGGCAUGGAAGACAUAAUGAAUUCUAAGUUAUGAUUACAAAGAUGCUUGGAUUUGAUUUAAUUUAUUUCUUGAAAAAACAUAAGAAAUUCUCAAUUGAAUGUAUUUUCAAUAUAGCUUAAUAAAUGAUAGAGAUAUUAGAAAAUAUUCAUAAAAAGUAUUUUAUAAGAAUAUUAUUAGGAAUAUUAUACAUAGAGAUUUAAAACCAGAAAAUAUUUUAGGUAAAAGGCAUUCAGAUUAAAUUUAAUUAAUUGAUUUUGGGAUUGCAAAAGAUUAUAUAUAAAGUAAGAAAUAAAGUUAAACAAAAAUUCCAUUUAUUGGGACUAGCAGAUAUGCUAGUGCAACAGCUCAUUAAGGAUUAGAUUAAUCUAGAAGGGAUGAUUUAGAAUCUUUAGGUUAUGUUCUGAUAUAUCUUUUUAAACAGAAAUUACCUUGGUCUAAUUAUGAAAAAUGUGAUUGUGAUCGUUUAGAAAGGAUUGGAUAAUUAAAAUGUGAAAUACCAUUACAAGAAAUAUGUGAAGGCUGUCCUUAAUAAUUAUUAAAGUAAUGACAAAACAAAAAUUUAGUUAUAUGAUUUAAUUGGCAUAAUUGAAUCAUCAAUAAAUACCAAAUUAUUAGAAGUUGAAGUCCAUUUUUUAAUUGAAAAUUAAUCAUAAAUAAUAUAUAAUUUUUGAUUGGUCAAACACUUAAUUGGUUAAUUCAAAAACUAGCUAAGAUAAAAUAAAUAAUAAUUAAAAAUAAAAUAAAUACGAUAGUUAUUAGCAUAUAAGACUGUAUAUUUAAUAUAUAAUAUUUUAGGUCUGUUGAAAAAAUAAGUUCAAGACAUCUUCAUACAAUCACUUUUCAUGUUGACUCAAAUGCUUCUUCCUGUUUUAAUAGUCAACAAUCAAUUAGUAUGUAACACUCUUUUGGAAGUCAUUAAAGUAUAUAAGUUGAUUUUUUAAAUUCGGAUUCAAGUGAACAUUCUUAAAAAUAAUAAACAAAUAAAAUUUCCAAUUUUGAGGAAUUCUAAAUCACUGAUGAUAUCAUGCCAAUCAAAGAUUAACUUUAAUUAAUGGAAUUAGAAAAUUAGGAUUUAGAAAUUAAACAUAAUUUAUUGCAUUAUCAUUCUGUCUAUUAUAAUUUCAAAAAUCCAUUUUAGAGUAUGUUAUAAUUAAAAACCAAUUGA